CGGGCGGCAAGGAGGAGCUGGUGGCGGUCGCCUCCCGGUUGUGGCAGCGGCGGCGGCGCGCCUGCCUGGCGGCCGUCGGCGUGCUCCUGGCCAUGGCGCUUGGGCUGCUCAUCGCCGUGCCGUUGCUGCUGCAGGCGGCGCCCCCCGGCGCGGCGCACUACGAGAUGAUGGGCACCUGCCGCAUGAUCUGCGACCCGUACGGCGCCGCACCCGGCGGGGGGCCCGCCGGCGCCAAGGCGCCGCCGCCCGGACCCAGCACUGCCGCGCUGGAAAUCAUGCAGGACCUGAGCGCCAACCCUCCACCCCCUUUCAUCCAGGGACCCAAGGGCGACCCGGGGCGACCCGGCAAGCCGGGGCCGCGGGGGCCCCCUGGAGAGCCGGGCCCGCCUGGACCCAGGGGUCCCCCAGGGGAGAAAGGUGAUUCGGGGCGACCCGGGCUGCCCGGCCUGCAGCUGACGGCGGGCGCGACUGGCGGUGUCGGGGUGGUAGGUGGCGGAACUGGGGGCGGCGGCGACUCCGAAGGCGAAGUGACCGGCGCGCUGAGCGCCGCAUUCAGCGGUCCGAAGAUCGCCUUCUAUGUGGGUCUUAAGAGCCCCCACGAAGGCUACGAGGUGCUCAAGUUCGACGACGUGGUCACCAAUCUCGGCAAUCACUACGACCCCACUACCGGCAAGUUCAGCUGCCAGGUGCGCGGCAUCUACUUCUUCACCUACCACAUUCUCAUGCGCGGCGGCGACGGCACCAGCAUGUGGGCGGACCUCUGCAAGAACGGGCAGGUCCGGGCCAGUGCCAUCGCUCAGGACGCCGACCAGAACUACGACUAUGCCAGUAACAGCGUGGUGCUGCACCUCGAUUCAGGGGACGAGGUGUACGUGAAGCUGGACGGUGGGAAGGCGCACGGAGGCAACAACAACAAAUACAGCACAUUCUCGGGCUUUCUUCUGUACCCGGAUUAGCCGCGCUGGGAGCACGGGCAGAGUGGCUUCAGGCCGCCCUGCACCCGUGGCCAAGAACUGCUCCCUGGAUGGAGAGGACCACUCUGCUUCAUGACACUUCCUGACAUCAACGGAAAAGACGCAUCCCUGCUGUCCUCCCUGACCCGCUCUGACCUUAGUGUGUCUGCGACUCACCUGGCUCCACUCUGGGCUGUCCUCCUGGUCCCUGUCCCCUACCUGGGGAGGUUGAAGGGGAUGCCCGAGUGGUGAGGUGAGUUGACCCCGACCCCAAGGUGGAGGCAACUCAAUUCAGACUUCACAAACCUGAUUGGACAGGACAGGCCUGGCGGGAGGCCUGCCCUUCCAGUCCCCCUCCUCCUCCUCAGAGUGCCCUGAGAGGGAGGGCUCCCAGCCCUGGUC